AGUCCCCCAGCAUAAGCACAUUCACAGAUGUCUCUAGCACGCGUGGAGCAGUCUCAUCCCGUCAGGACAGAGCAGCCUGCUUCUGUGUGAGCCAACGAGCCGCGGACAGAGAGAAACACAGAGGGACAGGGAGAUACAAAGAGACGUAGAGAGGAGAAGGGAGGGAGGGAUAGCAAAAGAAAGAAGAGGUGAAGAGCCACGGAGCGAAACACAUACAUCGUUGCCACUCUGACGUCUCCUCUCAUGCUCCUGCUUCAGCGUGUGUGAGUGCAAGAAGAGCAGAGAGGGACAAGAGGAAAAUAAAUCCGGAGAGCUUGUGUUUUAUAUCCCCUUCUUCUUUUUUUUUAUCUCAAUCAUCCAAGCCAUGAAGGCGGGUGUCAGCUGGCACGGCAGAAUAAAAGAAGGGGAUGCUUUGAAUGCUGCCUCUCUCUUGACAAGGGACAAGGAAGAGGAAGCGGGGGACAACACGCAGCAGGGACAAAAACAGGAUUUCUAGAAUGAAUGGGAGUCCUUCUGCCGCAUGCACUGGGAAUAGCAGUCUCACACUGAAGUCUCUGAAUGAGGGGCCAGCCCUGAGGACGUGAAACUUGUUGGGAGAGUUUGGAUGUCACAGGCGACACAGCUUCCGCUGCAUUUAGACCACCUUCAGCUGCACACAUCGCUGCUCUCCAGACGACGGCACCAAUUAAGGCAGGCUUGAGACGAAGAGUUGUGACAGUAUCCGACAACACCAACGCAAAGAGGAAAGGAAUACACUGGAGGAGGGGCCUGCGCUUGCUGCAGACGGGCAGAGAACUGCUUGUCUGGACUUGGAGUUGCCUGUCUGCGUGAGUAGACGCAGCAGAGCAAGAAGAAAAAGAAAUGGCCGGCUGACUUGUCAAGGAGGAUGUCACCACAACAUAUCUCGUCCAGUAUGCAGUGUGGCCUUCCCAGCUGCGCAUCACCAGUGGUGCCAUGAUCCAGUUGUAACUGUGGGUAAUGCCGAGCCAAAUAACCAAUCCUGGAGAUGCCGAAGAGAAGAGAUAUUCUUGCCAUCGUGUUGAUCGUGUUACCCUGGACUCUGCUCAUCACUGUUUGGCACCAAAGCGCUAUAGCUCCACUCCUCGCCAUUCGCAAGGCCUGUCACCACCUAGUAAAAGAGAUCUUUAUCAUUCCAGAGAGGCUUGCAGUCCGCCACCACCGGCUCUCAGAUGAUGGUGUCGAGGGCAAGAGGGAGGCAGGUGGCCAGGCGCAGGACUCCAAAGAAUACUGUGCCUCAGAUAAGGACAUUGUGGAGGUGGUGAGGACAGAGUAUGUGUAUACGCGGCCUCCACCCUGGUCCGAUGUGCUGCCCACCAUCCAUAUCAUCACCCCCACAUACAGUCGACCAGUGCAGAAAGCGGAGCUGACGCGGCUGGCAAACACCUUCCUCCAUGUUCCCAACCUGCACUGGAUCCUGGUGGAGGACUCCCAAAGGAGAACGCCUCUUGUUACACGGCUCCUACGAGAAACAGGGCUUAACUACACCCACCUCAAUGUGGAGACACCCAGGAACUAUAAGCUGCGGGGUGACACCCGGGACCCCAGAAUCCCUAGGGGGACCAUGCAGAGGAAUCUGGCCCUGCGAUGGCUGAGGGAGACCUUCAAUGCCAACAGCAGUCAAGCUGGAAUCGUCUACUUUGCUGAUGAUGACAACACAUACAGCCUGGAGCUGUUUGAGGAGAUGAGAUCGACCAGGAAAGUUUCAGUGUGGCCUGUGGCCUUUGUGGGUGGCUUGCGGUACGAGUCCCCCAAGGUCAAUGCAGCUGGAAAGGUCUACGGCUGGAAGACUGUGUUCGACCCCCACCGCCCCUUUGCCAUCGACAUGGCUGGCUUUGCCAUCAACCUGAGACUCAUCCUCUUCAAGCCACAGGCGUAUUUUAAGCUUCGUGGGGUGAAGGGAGGCUACCAGGAGAGUAGUUUGCUCCGGGAACUGGUCACACUCAAUGACCUGGAGCCCAAAGCAGCCAAUUGCACUAAGAUACUUGUUUGGCACACGAGAACAGAGAAACCCGUCCUCGUGAACGAGGGGAAAAAGGGAUUCACAGGACCCCAAUGUGGAGAUUUGACUGUUUUCUCUCAGUCCAAGGUGGUCGGCCUUGGACUUGCAGAGGAAGAAAACAGCUGAGUCCCAUAGAUAAGUGCAACCAGCGCUCAUGUCUUAAUCACCAGAAAAAAAGGAAGUGGGAGCCUUUGAAAGGGGGAUUUAACCCUCUUGACUGAAUCUGACAUUUUUCAAAAAUGAACUAAAACAGUACAAAUGUAUCAUAUGAAAGCACAGAUAAGUGAGAGGGGGAGGUUAUUUGUUGGGAUUAAAGUGCAGAGGAGGACCACAUAAAGGACACCUCACAGGGGUCGGUACGGAGAAUUGUGACCUGCACCCUUGGCUUAGGACAACUUAACAAAAGAGACAGCACAACAUGAAAGGCAUACAGCCAGUGGAUUCAACCAAACAAGCAAGAAUAUCCUUCACCUCAAAGAACACUUAGGGAAAUAAAACACAUACUGUCUGGAUCUGCACAUGGUACAAAAGAGAAAUGCCUCUUGGAUUUUAAGGACAUGGCCUACAUCAUCAGCCUGGAUAAAAACACGACUCCAAGGACAUAUCUCGUGGAUUUUCCUUUGAGCAAACACAAACAUAGCAAGGGAUGGAAUGUUCUUUUGAUAACUAUGAAAUGUUUGCUUUAAUUUAAUUGGUUUGGCACUUGACAUACUUGCUAGUUAAAUACUACUGACUCUUACCUACAUUUGCUCCUGGGUUAUCGUUGUUCAUUUUCUAGUGUCAUUGUAACCCAUGCAUUCAAGCCACCCCAUACACUUGAAGAUUGAUUUGUUCCCCUUAUUGUGCUUGGGAGCUGAAACAUAUGUGUAAAACAUCCAAAUCGUAACACUCUUCGUAGCAAUUUAAAAAAAGAAAAAAACACACACACACAAACAAUGUUGCCGUGUUGGCAAUAUGUGUAAAUAGUAAUUCAACAUGAGAACAAUCAGAGGAAAAAAUUUUGACAAAAGCAUUGUAAUUACUGUAUUUAUAUGUAAAAAGAAAGAAAAGAAAAAAAAAACAAAGUCCCUUCACCCCACACAACAAGACACAGGUUCACUCUAGGUUCAACACAUGGGAAGAGUAAUAGCACAUCACUUUCAUUUGGUAACAUUUGGUCAUGAGGCAUAGACAAGAACAUCAAAUCAGCUACAUGUAAGACUUAUGAGCGCUGAUGUUAGUUUUUGUUUUCAGUGUCAUUCAUUGACAUUGCGGGGAAACAGUGUGUCAUUUAAUAUUUCCUCUUGUCUAUUCACACUCAUAUAUGUAUACAUACAUGAGCCACAGGUUUACAAGGGUAGGCUGUGUGCAACAAUUAAAAAAGCGCAGGAUGACACAGCAUCAACGCCCACAAAUUUGGUUUUAAUAGGCUUGUCAGUCCCUCUCCUCUCUGAAAAAUAUACUUUAAAUCAUAAAUUUAGGCACUCAGGCUACAACUCACCUCCUGACAGCUGGUGUAAGCUAUGAAUAAUAGAUGAAAAUAAUUUAUGCAUGGCCCCAAAAUAUGUUGUUUUUUUUCUGUAAAAAUGUCCAUAUAUGAAAAUAGACUAUACAUGCUAUACUCUGAAGUGACAGCAGGCUAAAGAAAAGCACAACAAAAGUAAAAAUCUUAUUUUUUUUUUUGCCAAUGAUUUGGUAGCAAUGUUGCCAUCUUUAGUUUUGUGGACUGAUGCCGGUAUCUCCUCGGUUCUUUCUAUAUUAGCAUCCAUCUGUUGUACAUGAACUGGAUCACAGAAGGGAGUCACUGCAGCUUUAACGAUAGUCAUCAGUAGCUAUGACGCUGUAUGCCUGAACACUGUAACAAAGUUAUUCUACACCUCAUAUAAUAGAUUCUCUCCUCUACUUGAUAAAUCAUCUGUCUAGUGCAAUACACAGUGGUGGCUCUUAUCUAACAUUGCCCAGCAGAAGUAGCUCGAGAUAAUUCAAACACUGAGCCUCUGUACUGGUGCCAGAUUAUCUGUGUACCCCCCCCCAACCACCACCAUCCCUCACCCCUUCAACACACACGACCCAAAAUACACUGCUGCAGUAUGAAAACUUACAAAGACGUUACAGCCUCUUGGGCUCAUCAGCCAGAGAAACCAUGUUAUUACAUAUUUCACUUGGAAUAUGAUAAGAAACGCAUUCAGACAAUGGCUGUAUUGUAUCUCUCAUCAAACUGGCUCUUUUCAUUGACUGCAUGAUAUUACACUGCACAGGGUUCAGCCAUGGAGAUCACAGACUAUCUUUGGAUUUGUUCUAUUCUUCAACUGGCCUCCCAUUAUUUAUUAAAGAUCAAAUUUAAUAUAUUUAUGUAUUUAUUUCAAGUGUGGAUGUGCAAUUAAACCAUUGCAGUGUUUGCCCAUAAAAUCUGUAUUUCUCCAGCUGCUCUCAAAAAUAGCAUGCACACAUGUUAUACUGUACACAGGGAUUAUCAUAUGGAUCAAUAAUGGGUCAGCACUACCAGCAGGCAGACACACACACCAUCAAUUUUAUGGCACUGCUGUGGAUCUCCUUGAGUGGUCAGCUUUUAAUCUAAAUGAAUGAUGAAUCCAUUGGAACGUUUUUUCACACUGAAACAAAUUAAGAAUUGUAGUCCAAAAUGGAAAAAUGCCAGUGUGUAAACAACUUAAUUUGAACACUAUCAUUUAAAAAGGAUGCACAACUUGUUUUCAUUUUGUGCUAACAGGUUUUCCUGAAUGUUGUAGUAUAUCAUUUACUUUUCAAGUGAAGCUAAAUUCCUGCUCUCAUCUUAUCCUAAGUGUCGCUCUGGUAAAGAUACAAGAAAACAAAUGUCAUGUGGCACACAGAUCAACGUGGUUGGAUUGGUGAAAUGAGAUUCUGUGAUGUUACUCACUGUGGUGUGUCCUGAAGCAGCUGAACAAUUCAAAAGGCCUCACCUUGAAAGUGAUGUUACAAUGCUGUCCGACAUCUUAUUUGAAAUGACUCGGACUCCAACAGAUGAUGCAUCAAGCAAUAGCCUAUCUAAGGAAUUAGUCUACAAGAACCAACCAACCUACCAUCAACUUUAGCAGUACAGGUUAUCCAGUAUUUAAUGUCAGUUAAUGAGCAUUACCCUCUGAGGGCUUCUCUAUGGCACAAUACACUUUACACACAAGUCCUCUCUUUUCCUCAUCCCCACCGUCAUGUUCCAGCCUCAUGUGAUUCACAUUUUAUGCAUGUGACUCUUAAGGUUGUUUAUUUGCCACAGCAGUUCUGUCUCAGAGAAAGAUGUUAGUUGAAUCAAGAGAAAUAAACAACUGAGAAGAACCUCACCUGGUCCUGAGUAUUCUGUCUUUAUACUCUGUUUCCCAAGUUCCUUCCCAAAAUGCUUGUCUUACAUAAAUAUGUGAUUAUGCUAACCUAACAUUUGGUCUAUCGUGUAAUGUUUUGUAAUUUAUGUAAAUGUCACUUUAAAUCUUUUAGUUAACAUGUGUAUUAAACAGCAUUUCAUCA